UGGCACCCGGGUCUGUGGGGGUCCCACCCCUGCCCCGCGCCACCCGGCCCGGACGCAGACUCGUACUGAAACUCCCCGGCGACGCCGGCGUCCUCCGUGGUGCCGGACGGCCUGGCACACUGCACGCGUGCAUUCCCUGAGAGAACGGAGGCGGUCGCCCGCUUGCACUAGAAGUGGACGGGGGCUGUGAGACUCCUUGGGAAGUGUGAGGCGCAGGACACCCUCCCUCCGCAAGGUUCCUGUGACCUUGCUCCGUCUCCGUCUGUCCUCCCGAGCCGCGACGUUCGCUGACUUACCUUCUGUCGCUGUAGAGUCGCCCUACUUGUCUGUCGUCCCAUAUACAUGGAAUCACAUGGUGGAUGAAACAGCACCAUUUUUGCAGUGAAUGUCUUGUGCACAAAUACCACUUCUGUGACAUGUAAAUAACAGUUGUCUGGUGUCUUUGAUGUCUCUUGGAGAGGUCUGGGCCAUAUCUUCCUUUGGAAUCCAGCCUGCCUCUUCCCAGCAGUUUUGCAUGAGUUUAUACAUGAGCACUAAACUCUCAGCCCCUGAGAGAACAAGGAAUGAGACCCAGUGUGGCCAUGCCAGCUAAUUGCACCUCAUCCAAGCAGCCCCCAGCCCUGGCUUCAGAGUGUUAUGGCAACUCAUGCGAGGGAUCAGUGUCCUUCAGAGAUGUGGCUAUUGAUUUCAGCAGCGAGGAAUGGCAGCACCUGGAACCUGCUCAGAGAAGUCUCUACUGGGAUGUGAUGCAGGAGACCUUCAGCCACCUGCUCUCAGUAGGCUAUCAAGUUCCCGAGCCAGAGAUUUUCAUGUUGGAGCAAGGAAAGGGGCCGUGGGCAUUGUGGAAUGAGAGCCCAUAUCAGAGUUGUUCAGAAGAGAAAUUAUGGGAACAUGAAAAGUGUGGAAAACUCCUCAGUUAUAAACAAACAUCUUCUCUGUAUCAGAAAAUUCAUCCUGGUGAGAAAUCCUAUGAAUGUGCUGAAUUUGGAAGGAUCUUCACCCAGAAGUCACAGCUCAAAGAUCAUACAGAUGAAAAACUCUACGAGUGUAUUGAAUGUGGGAAAACUUUUGUACAGAAGCCAGAAUUCAUGACACAUCAAAAAAACCAUGCUAAAGAGAAGCCCUGUCAAUGUAAUGAAUGUGGAAAAUCUUUUUUCCAAGUGUCUUCUCUUUUUAGAUUUCAGAGAAUUCAUUCUGGAGAAAAACUCGAUGAAUGCAAUAAAUGUCAGAAAGGCUUCUCUUCUAACUCAGAUCUCAGUAUGUAUCCAAAUAGUGAUACUGGAGAGAUGCACCACAAAUGUGGCGAUUGUGGCAAAGCAUUCACACAAAUGUCCGCACUUGAGAUGCAUCAGAAAAUUCACGCAGGUGAGGGAUCUUAUAUAUGUAUGGAAUGUGGACAAGCCUUCAUCCAGAAGACACAUUUGAUUGCACACCAAAGAAGUCAUACUAGAGAAAAGCAGUAUGAAUGCAGUAACUGUAGGAAAUCCUUCACUUCCAAGUCACAACUCCAGGUACAUCAAGAAAUGCACGCAGCAGGGAAGCCUUAUAUAUGUGCUGAAUAUGGGAAAGUCUUCAACCGUAGUUCUAACCUCAUUACACAAAAGAAAGUACAAGUUAGAGAAAAAUCUUCUAUAUGUACUGAAUGUGGGAAGGCCUUUACCUACAAGUCAGAACUAAUUAUACAUCAGAGAAUUCACACUGGAGAGAAACCUUAUGAAUGCACUAACUGUGGAAAAGCUUUUACUCAGAAGUCAGCACUCACAGUGCAUAAGAGAAUUCAUACAGGAGAAAAAUCCUACGUUUGCAUGCAAUGUGGGCUGGCCUUCAUCCGGAAAACACACCUGAUUACACAUCAAGUAAUUCAUACUGGAGAGAAACCUUAUAAAUGUGUUCACUGUGGGAAAUCCUUUACUUCUAAGUCACAACUCCAUGUGCAUAAACGAAUUCACACAGGAGAGAAACCCUACGUGUGCAAUAAAUGUGGGAAGGCAUUCACCAACAGGUCAAAUCUGGUUACGCAUCAGAAAACUCAUACAGGAGAGAAAUCCUAUGUGUGUUCUCAAUGUGGAAAGGCCUUCACCCAGAGAUCAGACUUGAUUACUCACCAGCGAAUCCAUACUGGAGAGAAACCUUAUGAAUGUAGUACCUGUGGAAAAGCCUUCACCCAGAAGUCACACCUUAAUAUACACCAGAAAAUUCAUACUGGAGAGAGACAGUAUGAAUGUCAUGAAUGUGGGAAAGCCUUCAAUCAAAAAUCAAUACUCAUCGUGCAUCAGAAGAUUCAUACCGGAGAGAAACCCUAUGUAUGCAGUGAGUGUGGAAGAGCCUUCAUUCGAAAGUCAAACUUCGUUACUCAUCAAAGAAUUCAUACUGGAGAGAAGCCUUAUGAAUGCAGUGAUUGUGGGAAAUCAUUUACUUCCAAGUCUCAGCUGCUGGUGCAUCAGCCAAUUCACACAGGAGAGAAGCCCUAUGUGUGUGCUGAAUGUGGGAAAGCCUUUAGUGGAAGGUCAAAUCUCAGUAAACAUCAGAAAAUUCAUACUGGAGAAAAGCCCUACCUCUGUUCUGAAUGUGGGAAGACCUUUAGAGAGAAGUCGGAGUUGAUUACGCAUCACAGAAUUCAUACUGGAGAGAAACCUUAUCAAUGUAGUGUCUGUGGGAAAUCUUUCACUAAGAAAUCACAGCUCCAAGUGCAUCAGCGAAUUCACACAGGAGAGAAGCCUUAUGUGUGUGUUGAAUGUGGAAAGGCCUUUACUGGCAGGUCAAAUUUGAAUAAGCAUCAAACAACACAUACUGGAAUCAAACCCUACAAAGAAAAGCCUUAUAAAUGCAAUGAAUGUGGAAAAUCCUUUUUCCAAGUAUCUUCUCUCUUUAGGCAUCAGAGAAUUCAUACUGGAGAAAAACUAUAUGAAUGCAGUCAAUGUGGGAAAGGCUUCUCUUAUAAUUCAGAUCUCAUUAUACAUCAGAAAAUUCAUACAGGAGAGAGACACCAUGAAUGCAGUGACUGUGGCAAAGCUUUCACGCAAAAGUCCACACUCAAGAUGCAUCAGAAAAUUCAUACAGGGGAGAGAUCCUAUAUAUGUAUCGAAUGUGGACAAGCCUUCAUCCAGAAGACACACUUGAUUGCACACCGAAGAAUUCAUACUGGAGAAAAACCAUAUGGAUGCAAUAACUGUGGAAAAUCUUUCAUCUCUAAGUCACAACUGCAGGUACAUCAACGAAUUCACACAAGAGUCAAGUCUUAUUUAUGCACUGAAUAUGGGAAAGUCUUCAACAAUAGUUCCAACCUUAUUUCACCAAAGAAAGUGCAGAUUAGAGAGAAAUCUUCUAUAUGUACUGAAUGUGGGAAGGCCUUUACCUACAAGUCAGAACUAAUUAUACAUCAGAGAAUUCACACUGGAGAGAAACCUUAUGAGUGCAGUGACUGUGGUAAAGCUUUUACUCAGAAGUCAGCACUCACAGUGCAUAAGAGAAUUCAUACAGGAGAAAAAUCCUACGUUUGCAUGCAAUGUGGGCUGGCCUUCAUCCGGAAGACACACUUGAUUGCACAUCAAAUAAUUCAUACUGGAGAGAAACCUUAUAAAUGUGGUCACUGUGGGAAAUUCUUUACUUCCAAAUCACAACUCCACGUGCAUAAACGAAUUCACACAGGAGAGAAACCCUACGUGUGCAAUAAAUGUGGGAAGGCAUUCACCAACAGGUCAAAUCUGGUUACGCAUCAGAAAACUCAUACAGGAGAGAAAUCCUAUAUGUGUCCUAAGUGUGGAAAGGCCUUCACCCAGAGAUCAGACUUGAUUACUCACCAGCGAAUCCAUACUGGAGAGAAACCUUAUGAAUGUAGUACCUGUGGAAAAACCUUCACCCAGAAGUCACACCUUAAUAUACACCAGAAAAUUCAUACUGGAGAGAGACAGUAUGAAUGUCAUGAAUGUGGGAAAGCCUUCAAUCAAAAAUCAAUACUCAUCGUGCAUCAGAAGAUUCAUACCGGAGAGAAACCCUAUGUAUGCAGUGAGUGUGGAAGAGCCUUCAUUCGAAAGUCAAACUUUGUUACUCAUCAAAGAAUUCAUACUGGAGAGAAGCCUUAUGAAUGCAGUGAUUGUGGGAAAUCAUUUACUUCCAAGUCUCAGCUGCUGGUACAUCAGCCAAUUCACACAGGAGAGAAGCCCUAUGUGUGUGCUGAAUGUGGGAAAGCCUUUAGUGGAAGGUCAAAUCUCAGUAAACAUCAGAAAACUCAUACUGGAGAAAAGCCCUACAUCUGUUCUGAAUGUGGGAAGACCUUUAGACAAAAGUCAGAGUUGAUUACACAUCACAGAAUUCAUACUGGAGAGAAACCUUAUGAAUGCACUGACUGUGGGAAAUCUUUCACUAAGAAAUCACAGCUCCAAGUGCAUCAGCGAAUUCACACAGGAGAGAAGCCUUAUAUGUGUGCUGAGUGUGGGAAGGCAUUCACUGACAGGUCAAACUUGAAUAAACAUCAAACAACACACACAGGUGACAAACCCUACAAGUGUGCAGUCUGUGGAAAAGGCUUUGUGCAGAAAUCAGUGCUCAGUGUGCAUCAGAGUAUUCACACUUGAGAUAGAGUGAAAAAACCUCAGUGAAGACACUGGUUGUACAGUUUUGAAUCCGUCCAAUAGAAUACUAUGUGAUUAAGUAGAAAUAUCCACACCAUCAAUGUCACACUUAAAAUGAGGACUUUGAAGAAGGCACUGAAGUAAAUGGGACUUCCAACUCAUUGCUGUCAGCCUCAUUAAACCUGGGACAUUCAUGUUGAGAAGGAACUGAGUCAAUUUGACGUCUUAGAAGACAUCAUGGAAUAAUGUUUAAAAUAUCAUGGAAUACUGUUAGCAAACUAUUUUAGGGAAGAUCAUGUUAAAUCCUAUUAAUGAUAAUUAUGUUUGCUGUGGAAUAGGUACAGUUCAACAAAUUGGUAAAAAAUACUAAUACCCGUAAAUACCAUAAUGAUAAUUCUAAAUUCUGUGAGUAGUUUGAUGCAGAACACAUUGUCUAACAGUUGUGGGUGUUUUUCAUUCUUUUGUUAACACAUUUGUGUAUGUCUAUUCUAUCACUGAGUAAUUCUUUGAAGAAAAAGUGUAUAAUUUUAAAAAAAAAACUAUUUAUAUACAUGGGAAGCUGAGAGUAUAUUUUCAACUUGUAAUCUCCCUUAUUACCCACCAGUAGUGUCUUUGAAUUUCCCAAGAACAAAUGUUAAAACAAAUACAAACAUACUGUAACUACCUGCUCUAGGUCCAUCUUCAUGCUAUACAUACUUCAGGACCUGUUCUGCCAAGUGCCUCAAACACAUCAGUUUAGUUCCUGCCUCAGGGCCUUGGCAUUUGCAGUGCUUACAAAAGGAGCAGAGUUUAUGAUUAUAUCUGUGUGGGUUUCUACCUCAUAUCUG